AUGAAGAGAACACACUGGAGGCUCCUCCAGAUCCUGCUCUUCCUCUUCGCUCUCAACUCCGUCUCUCUUGUCCUCUACUUCACCUCUCACCACUACCACAACGACAACACGAGCAACAGUAACUCCGUAACGGAAAACAGCCUUAUUCUAACGGAAAACCGCCGCCGGCAGCAGCAUUCUUUAAAGCCGUGGCCAAUCCUGCCUUCCUAUCUCCCUUGGUCACCGGACCAGAAAGUUGUUCCACGCUCCUGCGAGGCGUACUUCGGGAACGGCUUCACUCGGCGCGUAGAUCUCCUCCCUAGUUCAUCUAUUCGCGGAGCGGGGUCGUCGGGUGGCGGCGGAUGGUUCAGGUGCUUCUAUAGUGAGACGCUUCGUAGUUCGAUUUGCGAGGGAGGGAAGGUGAGGAUGGUGCCGGAGAGGAUUAAGAUGACGAGAGGAGGUGAGAGUUUGGAGGAGGUGGUUGGGAGGGGAGAGGAGGAGGAGCUGCCGGAAUUCGAAGACGGUGCUUUCGAGGUGCUUGGGGUUGGUGGACAGAGGGAGAAGAGGAGGCGGCUUGCGAAUCAAGAGUUUUUGGAUCAGUACAUCCGUGAAGGUCAGAUUAUGCGGCAUACAAUGCGGGAGCUUCUGAAAUCGGCUCGUGUAGUGGAGGAUAACGAAUUCCAGUGCGAUGAGUGGAUUGAGGAGCCAACACUAUUUGUUACAAGGUUUGAGUAUGCAAAUCUAUUUCAUACUGUUACUGAUUGGUACAGCGCCUAUGUGUCUUCUAGAGUGACUGGCUUACCUAAUCGGCCACGUCUGAUUUUUGUGGAUGGUCACUGUAAGGCACCAUUGGAACAAACAUGGAAAGCCUUAUUUUCAGGUCUUAGGUAUGCCAAGAACUUCAGUGGUCCUGUGUGUUUCCGCCAUGCUAUUCUCUCACCUCUGGGUUAUGAGACUGCACUAUUCAAGGGACUUACUGAAGAAAUAAAUUGUCAAGGGGCGUCUGCACCUGAUCUGUGGCAAAAACCUGAUGACCAGAAGACUGCCCGAUUAUCAGAGUUUGGAGAAAUGAUCAGAGCCGCUUUUGGGUUUCCUGUAAAUCGGCACCGCAUAGAAAAGCCAGCCUUAGGUCACAAUGUACUCUUUGUUCGACGUGAAGAUUAUCUUGCCCAUCCUCGCCAUGGUGGUAAAGUAGAAUCAAGGCUAAGCAAUGAGGAAGAAGUGUAUGAUUCAUUACAGAAAUGGGCAUCUAAUUACUCAGAAUGCAAAAUAAACCUUGUCAAUGGAUUGUUUGCACACAUGUCCAUGAGGGAGCAAGUUCGACUCAUACAAGAUGCUUCAGUAAUUAUCGGUGCUCAUGGUGCAGGUCUCACUCACAUAGUAUCGGCAACACCAAAGACCGUGGUUCUGGAGAUUAUUAGCAGCCAAUUCAGACGUCCGCAUUUUGCAUUGAUUGCCCAGUGGAAAGGGUUGGAAUAUCACGCUAUCAAUCUUCAUGGAUCGUAUGCCAGACCUGUUGUGGUUAUCGAGAGGCUUAGCAAAAUCUUGAGAAGUCUUGAAUGCUGAUAAUUUCUUCGGUUUGAUCUGGAAUUACUAGAUGAUUCUGUUUCAUAGAAGUGGAAGAUUGUGAAAAGUUCUCUCUGCUGACAGAUAACUUGGAAGGCGCCCUUUGAACAAUGGAUGGAACUUGGGAGUGUAGUAGAGCUCAUCCUUGAAUACAAUGAAGAUUGGUGGUUCCGUGCUAGUUGAUUCAGGUGGCGGUUGAUGCUUGCUGACUACUGCUGUGGUAUGCUAUCGUGACACUGAUUAUCGCUGAAGAUGUCCUAGUCAAUACUUAUGUCUUUAGGCAAGGGAUUGUCUGCCCAAGUAUUUAGUUUUGCUUGGGAAUGGCAGUCCCUAAUCCCAUACACCACUGCCUUCUUGUACGAUAGAGAACACAUAUUUAACUCCAUUUGAUUUUUUCACAAAAUAGAGAUACCAUUCCACCUGAUGGAAUUUUGUGUUGUAUCACAUAGGAACAAUGUAUAUGCACUCAUCCUCUGAUUAUGAGGAGGAUGUGAAUUGAGCUUGAAAUUACCAUUACUUCACUUGCU